CAAUUGUAAGAAGCUCGGACAAGCUUGUGACAUGUUUCAAGAACAUUAUACCCUCCAAAUCAGCAAUACCCCGAAAAGGGAAAUUGGUUUUCCUGUAGCUCUCUUACCCUCCAAGAAAAUUAUUUGAUUAGCGGAACAAGAACUUCGAGUUAUGGAGCAGGCUUCAGCACAGUAUCGCACGAAUUUGAAUUGCUCCAGCAAAGGCUACAGCAAACGCUUCACCACCGCCAAACUCAAGAAGUCGAAAAUAUGAAGUCGGAAUUGGAAUCAGCAGAGCAAAAAGCCCUCGAAUGCACCGGCAUAAUUAAAGAAGGUAAAUCGUGCAUCAAGGAGUUGGAGAAUCAGUUACAGAAUGCCAGUAAGAUUCGGAAAACUCAGUUAAAAGCAGCCCAAGCUGAAUUGGAUCGUUGCAAGAUGGCGGCAGCUGCUUCACAGUCUAAAUGGAAAGAACAUGCAAAUGAUGCUGACUCGCUUAAACUAGAGUUGGAGGAACUUCGAAAAUCUAUUGAAGCUACUGACAUUCAAUUAAAAGAACGACAUACUGUUUCUGUCAUUGAAUUGUAUGUUUCAAAAUUAUCUUUGCACUGUUUAUAUAAAUUUUUUGUUCUUCAUCUAGAGAAUGAGAUAACACUAGCCAAUUUACAUGAAGAUAUGAAAGUGUUGAAUGAAGCUCUGGCAGUUGAACAAGCUAAUGUACAAGAAGUCAGAAAACAAAUUGACGAAUUUAAGGCACGAAUUUCAGCUCAAAAUCAAGAAAUUUCCAAACGAAUUGCUGGUAAAGAACAGCACGAAGCUCAGGUUGGUUUUUUUUUAAAUUCCAAUUUACAAUACUUCAUAAUCCUAAUUAAUUUCUUUAUUUGGAAUGCAAAGGUUAGUGAAGGUGAACUGCACUUGAAGAAAUUGGAACAUCGACUUUCCAAAGCAAAAGAUGACGCAAAAGAUUCCGAAAAGCGUGUUGACGCCAUGCUCGAAAAACAUGUUUGGAUAAACGAAGAUCGACACCAUUUUGGAGUAGCCGGGUCUAAUUAUGAUUUUAACGUCAUUAAUGGAGAAGAAUUGGGACAGCGCGUUCAUAAAUUGGAGGAAUCCAUGAAAAAGCUUGGCCGCCAUGUCAACAUUCGUUCCAUGACUAUGUUAACACAAGCAGAGGCGCAGUAUAAUGACUUGAUGCGGAAGAAGAGGAUUGUAGAAGAAGAUAAGGCGAAAAUUGAAAACGCAAUCCUGAAGCUGGACGAAAAGAAGAAAGAAACUCUUCAAGUGGCUUGGGAACAAGUGACAAAAGAUUUCGGUUCUAUUUUCUCUACCCUGUUACCCGGAACCAAAGCAAAGCUGCAACCACCGGACGGUCAAACCGUGCUAGACGGUCUCGAAGUUAAAGUUGCUUUUGGCGGAGUAUGGAAAGAGAGUUUAUCAGAAUUGAGUGGCGGUCAGAGAUCCUUAGUGGCUUUGUCGUUGAUUUUGGCUAUGCUAUUAUUCAAACCAGCGCCUAUCUAUAUUCUUGAUGAAGUAGACGCAGCCUUGGAUUUGUCUCACACUCAGAAUAUUGGGGUGAUGUUGAAGCAACAUUUUAAGCAGUCGCAAUUCAUCGUUGUAUCUCUGAAAGACGGUAUGUUUAACAAUGCUAAUAUUCUUUUUCGCACAAAAUUUGUUGAAGGUAUGUCUACGGUCAGUCGAUUGGCUCAGCAACAGUCAUCGACCUCUCAUGCCCGCCCAGCGGAGGAAGAGGAAACUCGGCCUAAAAAACGAAAGUAGACGAUUAUGUAUCAGAAAGCAUUUGUAAAUCGUACUUUAUCUUUUCUGAAGCGUGAACCUAUUAAGUGUAAUGCGUUCGGUAAAUAAUAAUUCUGUCAGUUACUAAAAAUGAA